CGUCACACGCGGGCGGCGUUGCUAUAAGAGCGUGGCCGGGGCACGCGCGCUCCUCUUUCGGGCGUACGGGAUCCUUCCGGGAGGCGCGGACCGCGAAGCGGAGCCAACAUGCCGGUGGCCCGGAGCUGGGUGUGUCGCAAGACGUACGUGACCCCGCGGAGACCCUUCGAGAAGUCCCGCCUCGACCAGGAGCUGAAGCUGAUCGGCGAGUACGGGCUGCGGAACAAGCGCGAGGUGUGGAGGGUCAAGUUCACGCUGGCCAAGAUCCGCAAGGCCGCCCGCGAGCUGCUGACGCUGGACGAGAAGGACCCGCGCCGGCUGUUCGAAGGCAACGCCCUGCUGCGGCGGCUGGUCCGCAUCGGGGUGCUGGACGAGGGCAAGAUGAAGCUGGACUACAUCCUGGGGCUGAAGAUCGAGGACUUCCUGGAGAGGCGCCUGCAGACCCAGGUCUUCAAGCUGGGCCUGGCCAAGUCCAUCCACCACGCGCGCGUGCUGAUCCGCCAGCGCCACAUCAGGGUGCGCAAGCAGGUGGUGAACAUCCCGUCCUUCAUCGUGCGCCUGGACUCCCAGAAGCACAUCGACUUCUCCCUGCGCUCGCCCUACGGCGGGGGCCGGCCCGGCCGCGUGAAGAGGAAGAACGCCAAGAAGGGCCAGGGCGGGGCGGGGGCUGGAGACGACGAGGAGGAGGACUGAGCCUCCCGCCCAGCCGCGGGGGUCUGUAAUAAAGGCACCCAACCUGGAGAA